AUGGCCCUCAUCGCAAGUCCUCGCAAGGUCAUCCCCCUCAGCACCGGCGACGACUGGGACCCCUCCUCCAGCAGAAAUGCCGGCCCCCUCCUCACACGACGCGCUUUCUUCUGCGGCGUGGUGGUCGAGGACUUGCGCUCCAGAGAGGUGAAAGAGCUGCUUUCGACGCUGGGCGACCCGCUGUCUUCUGAAACGGAGGGGAUACUAUCUCGAUCGAGCCCCGGGCGGCAACGAUCAGGUUCCUUCCCCACACCACCCGCACAGAGGCCUACGCGUAAACGGGCCAACACGAACUCAUCCGCACUACGAGACGUGAUCACAGAACUCGUCACGACAGAAGCAUCCUACGUCAGACGCCUCCAGAUCCUCAAGAACGACUACGCUGACCCGCUACGCACCUUUGCCCGAUCGAGAGACACGGCGAUCAUACCCGUGUACGAAGCCAUGACAAUAUUCGGGAACAUCGACAAGCUAUUACCAGUCAAUGAAGCAUUCCUAGCCGACUUACAAAAUCUACCACCGGAUGGGAAGGGCAUCGGCGAUGUGGCGCUGAAGCAUUUCCGGGACUCACGUGGCUUCGAGCAAUACCGAACAUACUAUUCAAAUCGCAACGAGGCCCAGACUAUGUUCGAGAGCGAGAUGAAGAAGAAGAAUAGCGGGUUUUCCAACUAUGUCGACCGCAUCAAAUAUCAAUCAGCCGACAUGAGGAACCGCGUGGGUCUUCGUGAGUUGCUCAUGGACCCUGUUCAGCGAAUACCGCGUUAUACGCUACUCUUCCGCAACAUGAUCAAAUAUAUGGCCCCUGCCGACCCGGAGAGAGCGAAGCUGGAAGAGGCGGACGAGAUCGCAAGUGCUAUCGCGCAGGCCGAGGCUGACGAGAACACGAAGACGGCGUCGGCAAUAGCAACCCUCUACAGUAAUAUUGAAGGUUUCCCUCCUGAACUUUACUCGCACACGAGGAAAUUCGUGGAUUGGGUCGAUGUGGAGGGCACCUCUUCUCUAUCACACACCCAUGAGAGAAGCGAGGACAGUCUUUCGGGAGGAAGCAGGGAAACCUUGCAUGGCACACUGUUCUUGUUCGACGACAAGUUGCUUUUCGUGAAGAGACCUGAGGGAGAGAAGGGUGGGGAGAAGGCGUUAGCGGGUUUGGAUGGUGACAAGACAUUGUUGCCGCUCGGAAAGAAGAAGAACAAGCUGCUCUCCAAGUUCGUGGUGGAAGUGACAGAUGUUGUAGCUACCGACGUCGGCGGUUCGGACAUGCACAUAUACCUCGAGAAUGUACCGUCUGACCGAUGGUGGGGUCGCGGAGCUUUCAGGGCCUUGACAGUCGUGAACCCGCCCAAUCCUCCAAACCUUAACCCCAGCGUAACCGAAGCCGCGAAGAAGAGGUUCGUGGAAAACCUGUGGGCCGUCCAGGCUAAGUAUCGAACGAAGGACCAGAAGAGCGUUGCGUUAGCGGGCGAAGAGGGGAUUGCGGGAGAACCACAGGGCGCCAAGGUGACAAGGGCGAGGGUGUAUUACAAUAUUUACGAGCGAGCGAAUUUCUUGAACGCCUCGAAGAAGACGAAGGUAGUGCUGCAUAUAGAUGACAGGGGAGAUGCGGAUCCUAUCCCUUUCGGUUUAGGUGGUGGACCUCCCCUUGUUGUUAUACGAGUGCAACCAGUUCCAGGAGAGUCAUGUCACUGGACGGUGACGUCCAGCGAUCUGGAUGACCCCGGGGAAGAAACUUGUGUAGAGACUUCAUGCGUUGCAACAAGGAUCAGACACACCAUUCAUCUCUACGGUCUGUUCAAAUUCCGCACUGGUCCUAAUUCCGUCCCGUCUACUCCGACGACAACGCAGCGAUCGAAGGCUGGUAUAUUCAGUCUCGAUGCUGUAGCGCGCAACUUCUUCAACGUCCGUCCGGGGACGAAGACAGCUGACAUCUUCGGGAGUGGAAUGGGCAACCGGCGUCAGAAGCCUUCCGGUACGGUCAUGAGCCGUACCUCGACCAUUACCGCUACCACUGCCACUGCUGACAGCAGCAUGAUGAAGUCGAUGAGUUCAGCAAACUCGACGACUACGGCUGCCACAACUGUGUCCAGUGGUGAGGAAGAAGCCUAUAACCUUCCCAAGCCUGCGCGAUCCAGGAGGAAGUUGACCAAGCGGGGCAAGUCUCCAAGCAGCGAAUUCGAAAGACCAGGUUCAUCACUUUCGAUCGCAAGUUCUCGAUCUAGAUCGAGGUCCACAGACAGGGAGCUCGAGUAUAGCGAUCCUGACGAGGAGGUUUUCCCGAGCCGUCGUAAUACUGCGGUCCCAAGAAACAAGAGCGAGCAUGAGUUAAGCAUGCGGUUGGAAUUGGCACGACACAACAGCCAAAUUCAGAACGGGACGCUGUUGGACGCCACGUAUGACGAACCUGUAGAAGAGUCGAUUUAUGACCAAGAUCCUCCGCGAUCAUACAGGCCAUUGUCCCGAGCGUCAAUGGAGGUUCCGAGUUUGCUCUCCACAGCGGCUACGGUUCGACCCGGAUCUGCGGCCUCUGUUCAUCCGCCACCUUCGCCUUCGCUACUGACGCCUGAACGACGACCCCUGGGCCCAAGGAGUCCUUCCUCGUGCGAAGACAGCCCACCACCGUCACCUCCAGAUUUACCGGAGUCUGAUGCGGAAUCAGUCUUUGAGGCAACGUUGGUUGAUACACCACAAGCUCUAACCACACCCGCUCAGCUAACUGGUCGAACAUCUCCGCUCCCGCGCAGCAAACGCAUGCCCUUUGAACCUAUGAAAAACCUAGAGAAUACCCCCAAGCCUUCCAUCGACCUCCGGCAGAAGCUUCGAUCUCAGAUUGAACCUUUGUCUAUUAGGAAGAAGACGUCCCUUCGAUCGAGUGCGGUCUUGUCACUUUCCGGGAGAUAUGGACUGGGGGCGGGCCCUUCUACUUCGCCAUUGUUUCAGUCGACGACGGCCCAAGCGGAACCCGAUGACGCUAGCACAUCGCCACGCCAUCGGAUGAAUCGACGGAUGAUGCGCUAUGAUGAGACAGAAUCAUUGACAUUGUUAGCUGCGACGACGAAGGAAGACCUUGAAGGCUCUCAUCGUGCCGUCAAAAAGCUGAAGCUAGAGGUUGAGAGAUUACGCAGCAGUCUUCCCGCAACGACCGAAGAUAGGCCUCAGACCCGGGAAGCUCAAGCACGUAUGCAAGAAAUGCGUGCAGUGAUUGCGAAACGAACUGCUGGAGACGGAUUUGGACGGAACCGGGCACGCAGUCUGGUGGAUGCGUCGUCUCCUCGGCAGCACGAGAGAUCGUCAUCCACCGACAUCGCCCGUUCUAUAGAAAAGUCGAUGUCUGACCUAGAGAAACAGUUGGCCGAAGCUAUCGCUAACCAGGACGCUCUCUGUCAGAAACUGAACCAGCUGAAACUGAAUGUUAAAGAAGAUGCCACUGAGUACGAUCAGCUGCAGAACGAGCGCAGAGCGUGCGAAAGGCAAAUCGAAGCAUUCAGGGAUUUAUAUGACAACAUCUCGAAGGAAAAAGACUGCAUGUAUGAGAGCUUCAAUGAGGAAUUGGGGACCUAUGCCGAAAGCAUGGCCCUCUCCCAGGAUUCCACUCUUGUCUGGAUGCAGAUGACGGAAGAAAGGAGCCGACUGGAGAGGGAGAAUAUGCAAUUAAAGUGGCGACUUGCACAGGAGGAGGCAGAGAAAGAAGAAUGGGGCAAGAUUCUACGCAGCCACGGACUCAUUCCUUGACGUCACGGACUUAUCACCCUCCGGCAUCGUAUAUCCCGACAAUUUACGCAUUGUAUCGACCAAUUUUCUGCACAUUUAUCUCUUGGUGUACACUCUUUGUUUGUAUUCAGCACAUAUGUAUCACUGCUCUUGAUGUCAAACAAAAUAGAUGGCAUUCCUUGUCUGGCUAUCGUAUAGUUAUACACGCAAAUAUGCAGGACUCGAUGCAGUAUGGCGGGAAAAUAGAUAGAUACAUGCGAAAGUUAUAAGGUAAGAUGCAAGGUGCCGACAUGAAGUGGGUAUAUCUCUAGUGAAGAAUCUACUAGUAUACAGCAACGAACAUUAAUAGAUGUUUAUGAAUAAGUGAUGGCAGUUGAUCGCAGCUGGGAUCAAUCUGAGCUACCCAAGUUCGUCUUGGGAUGUAGUCGGUGAAAGAAUGAAACUGUCUUCGUCUUCUUCCUAGGAGCUACUUCCGCAGGGGCUGUAGAAGUUGUGUCGCGUGGGUCAUGAGGGAAAGUAGAGAACAUGGAUGGCCGGCGGUUGGGUAGGUGUGAUUUUCCAUCAGGCUUGAACCUCCGCGACAGCGUGUUGGUUCGCCUCAUAGGUGCAGCAUCUAAAACCUCACCAGCAACGUCCUCCUCAGGCACGUCAGGGGUAUCCAUGGAGGAGCGUAUAGUCGCUGAUACGUCCACAGAAACAGAUGGAUCAUCUCGCGGAACUUCGGGAGCGCUCUGCACACGGCGUCUAAGCGAUCCUUUCCACCACCUGGUUAGUCGGGAAGGGGGAGGUCUUUGACUCCAGUCUUCAGGGGUGUUUGAAAGGCCAGAAUCAACAUGAGAAGCGCGCGAC